AUGGCAGCUGCACGCGCAGAGGCACGGAGAAAAGCCAUUCUCGCUAGGGGAAACGACCGACUCGCAAAACUGACCACGUCGGCCCGCGGCGACGAUGCACCCACCUUUGUGCGCGAUGAAACACCCCCAAGAGGCGCCGCAGCGAACCUGAGCAGCUUCGUCGGCGAGGACAGCCCCAUGCCGCCUCCCAAACCGCCCGCCCCCGCCACCGAACCGCGCAUAAGCCCCGCGCCCGCCCCGUUCGCAUUCGAAAACUCGCCCUCCUCCACUGCAUCCGGGAUGCCCGCACCCGACCCGUCCGUAUGGUCCGAAGAGCAGCAACGCCAGUUCUUCCAUGCGCUCAUGGGCGCCGGCCUCGGGGGGCAACAAGCGCCUUCCACCGGCACACCCCCUCAAAUCGCAGGCUCCGGGUUCUCCAGCGGCGGCUCGCGCGCUGGCAGUCUCCCCCCUCAACAAGACGUGCCGGGCGACCCGCUCGCUGCUAUGAUGGCGCAGCUCGCGCAGAUGGAUCCGAGCGCCGCGGGCAAGAUGCAGCAGCAGUCACCGUUCAUGCAGCCGCCGAUGCAGAUGCAGCCGCAAAAGGAGCCUACGCUGCUGCAGAAGAUGCUCCCGCUUCUGCACGUGUUCAGCGCGUGGCUUUUGCUUGCGUACUUUGCCUUGUGGCGGGAGCCGAGGGCGUUCGCGGAGAGCGCGGGCGAUGUGGUGGAUUCUACUGUGUGGAAGCGGUGGGCAGAUCUCGCGUGGAAGGCGCCGGGCGAGGGGUGGGGAGUGCAGUUUGUUCCGUUCUUAUGGGCAUUCGUGACUAUCCAAAUCAUCCUGCACUCGACACGCAUAAUGCUGGGUACAAAUCGGUUCCAGCCUCCUAUGUUGCUCAGCCUGGCCAUGGCUUACCUUCCGCCUCCCUUCCCUUCACUAAUAACGAAUGGUCUGCGCUACAUUUCGCUCGGUGGGGCGUUCCUCGACGACCUGGCAAGUGUCGUGUUUGGUUUAGGGGUAAUCAUUCUGGUCUCUGGGUGGUUUGCAACAUGA